GUCUAGAUUCAAAUCUGAAGGUCCCCUCCCUCCCCUGUUCCUGUUUCAGUCCAGCUUGCUUCCUCUCUGUUCCUCUUCUAAGACUAGCUCUCCACCUUCUCUGUCAAAGAUCUCCAUGACCUUUGGGAUCAUCUUAAAUCCAAUCUCAUAUCUAUGAUUCUGUAUUUAACCCUCCAAGUGUUUUUGUUGACCGUUUAUUUCCUCACUUGCCCCCGCCCUACUUUACCUUGUGGAUUUUUCCGGUUAUGAGCUUGAUGAUUUGAGAAAAUGUACCAUGCAAAUUUAUAUUGAAAGGUCUCCGUUAAGGGGUUCUUUUGCUAAGCAUAGCCUUAGGUUUCAAAGGAAAAUUCUUGAAGGGCUUGGGCUUGGAAGGUCACUGCAAAGAAGUGAAGACCGCCAGAUUCGUGCCAGCAACGACAAAUUGAUGCUCACCCCGUUCGAUCUUAUCCUAGGAGAUAUGUUCAGAUCGAAGACCUCCAGAUGUGUCGACGCUUGAACACGGCUUCAACCUUGUGGGCUUCGCAACAUGCACAAAGGAAAUGGGUGAGAUUCAUUGUCUGGCCAAAAAGAGCUGGUUGAGGAUGAUAUUGGAGAUGGAUGAACAGGGAUGAGGAAGUGGUUAACUGUGAAAUGGUGUGAUUCGGUCUGUGAGGGAGAUUGGAAGUGGUGAUGACGGUUGUUUUUGACUGAUUUGUGAGGGGAUGAAGAGGGGUGGACCCACCAGGAGGUGCUGGAAAAUAGACGACGUCAGCGAAUGCGGCAGAGGUUUUGAUGGCUCUUCCGGCAAUGAUGAAAGGAGAGAACGGAAAUCAGAUUUUGAAAACUCAGAGGAAGACAGGAAGACUAGAAUUGGGAAUCUAAAGAGGAAAGCAAUGAAGGCAUCUAAAAAAAUCAGACGUUCUCUCCAUAAGAAGAAGAGUAAAAAUAGCGGUGAAGAGAUUUCUGCUGCAAUUGAGGAUGUUCGGGAUGUUGAGGAGCUGCAGGUUGUAGAUGCUUUUAGACAGGCACUCAUUGCGGAUGACUUGCUUCCUGCAAGACAUGAUGAUUAUCACAUGUUGCUGAGGUUCUUAAAAGCAAGGAAGUUUGACAUUGAGAAAGCAAAGCAAAUGUGGGCCAAUAUGAUUCAGUGGAGGAAGGACUUCGGCACUGACACAAUUAUGGAGGAUUUUGAGUUUAAUGAGUUGAAUGAAGUUCUCAAGUACUAUCCCCAGGGUUACCAUGGUGUAGAUAAAGAGGGUAGGCCUGUCUACAUUGAAAGACUAGGGAAAGUUGAUCCCAGCAAACUUGUGCAAGUGACCACUAUAGAACGAUAUUUGAAAUAUCAUGUGCAGGAGUUUGAAAAGAGUUUUGUAAUUAAGUUUCCUGCUUGCUCUAUUGCUGCAAAAAGACACAUAGAUUCAAGUACAACUAUUUUGGAUGUGCAAGGAGUGGGUUUGAAAAACUUUACCAAGUCUGCACGAGAAAUCAUCAUACGUCUACAAAAGAUUGAUAGUGACAACUACCCUGAGACACUUUGCCGAAUGUUUAUAAUUAAUGCUGGUCCUGGUUUUAAGUUGCUCUGGAACACGGUGAGAUCUUUUCUUGAUUCUCAAACAGCCAGCAAGAUUCAUGUUUUUGGCAAUAAGUUCCAGAACAAAUUACUUGAAAUAAUAGAUGCAAGUGAGUUGCCCGAAUUUCUGGGUGGGAGCUGUACAUGUGCUGAUCAGGGAGGUUGUAUGAGAUCUGACAAGGGGCCAUGGAAAGAUCCAAACAUUCUAAAGAUGGUUGAGAAUGGUGAAGCACUAUAUUCCAGACAAAUAGUAACAUUUUCAAACAGUGAAUCUGAUAAGCAACGUUAUCCACUGAUAAAAACUGGUGAUACAUCUACCGCAGAGUCAGGAUCUGAAGUGGAAGAUGUUGCAUCUCCUAAACCAACUAGGAGUUAUUUGCUCCCAAGCUUGACUCCUGUCUGUGAAGAAGCUAGGGUUAUUGGUAAGGCAAGUCCUGCUAGAGGCUUCUUAGAAUAUGAUGAAUAUGUACCCAUGAUUGACAAGACUGUAGAUGGUGGAUGCAAGAAACAAGUGCUCUCUCAAGAGCCACAUACGUCCAGAGGAACACUACCUCCACCAAGUGUAGAAAAAUCUCCAGAAGGAUUAUUUGCUUGUAUUUGGGCUCUGCUCAUGGCAAUCUUCAUAGCAUUCCUCUCUGUCAUCCAUUCAUUUCCAAUUUGGUUGACUAAGAAAAACCCUGAGCCUAAUUCUGUCUGUGAUGCUUCUGAUCCAACUCUUGAACCAAUGCUCAAGGAGGAGUCCCGUCCCCCUUCUCCUGCUCCAGGAUUUACUCAGGCAGACCUGCUCUCGUCUGUAUUGAAAAGGCUGGGUGAACUUGAAGAGAAGGUUGACAUGCUACAGAUGAAGCCUUUUCAAAUGCCUUAUGAGAAAGAGGAGUUGCUGAAUGCUGCUGUUUGUCGGGUGGAUGCACUAGAAGCUGAGCUAAUUUCUACAAAAAAGGCUUUGCACGAAGCUUUAAUCAGACAAGAAGAGCUUCUUGCAUAUAUAGAUAGACAAGAGGAAGCCAGAUUUCGGAAAAAGAAGUUUUGCUGGUGAAGAAGAGUUUUGUGUACAGGAGGAAAUGUGCCAUUGUUCAUUCAUGUCCUUAGCUCGUCUUUUGGAGAAGCGCUGAUGCUAAUACACACAAGGUCCCUAUUUUAUACAUGAUAAAUAAAAUAUUUGUUUUGCGCUCAGAAGAUGCAUACAACUUUGAGGUGGUAUAAAAUAUGAAACUUCGAUGUAAAUUUACAAAUUACAACAGAGAAGAAGGAUAUAUAACAGCAGUACAUUGACUUCCUACUAAUUUAUUGAACUCAGAAGAUGUAUAUUCAAUGCCUUGAAUUCAGAUUUCGUUGGAUUUUUUUUC